GACCAAGUCUCAAAUUUAAGACCCGGUCCUAAUAGAACCCUUAUACAGGACCAGGGUCUGAUGGUCCAGGACCUGGACUUUAACAACCCUAGUCCCAGCGCUAGGACACCCUCAACACUCAUAUUUUGA